AUGAGUGACUAUAACAGCCAAAUGAUGGCGCAGCAAUACACGGUGGAUAUGUCGCAUUCGUCAUCUGGUAUGCAGGGAAUUCAUUCUUCACCGCAGCAACCGCAGCAAACCCAUCUGAUGCAAUCUGGGCAAAUGCUUUCACAUCAACAAAUGAUGAUGCAAGCUAAUCAACCAGUUCACAUACCGCCUUCUACGAGUAUGCAGGUACAGAUGGGAUCAAUGGGUCCACCUCAGAUAAUAUCUCAGCAGGGAGUUGCUCUUAUGAGUCAGCAAGGACAAAUGCAACAAGCAGGUUCUGCACAAGGUGCUAUCAUACAAGGACAUCAUCAAAUGAUUACAGCUGGACAGAUAUCUCCCCAGCAAAUGUCUACUCAUAUUAUAGUCACUUCGAUGGGUCAGCAGCAAAUGCUUCCUGCUAUGAUAACCCAGGUUCAGCAUCAACAGCAGCAGACACCCCAUCAAAUGAAUCAGCUAAAUGCGCCACAUUUAGGAUCACAGCAUCAAUCACAACCAGCUCUGCAACAACCACAGGCGACCCAGCAACAGCAGCAUCAAAUGAUGACUUCAGCACAAAUUAUGACGCAGCAUAAUCAGGUGCAGCAUUCUUUAACUCAACAGAACAUUGGUCAAAGUCCGGGGUUUACUCAUCCAAGUCAGCCUCACAUGCAUGCUACAAAUCCGAAUUAUCAGCAAUCUUCUCCACUUCGGUCAAUCACUCGUUAUCCUUCUCCAAGUCCGGAAAAUGUCCAACAUUCGGCUGCUGUCUAUCGUUCACCGAUGCAACGUUCUGCAAAUGGGCCACGUGUCAUGGGACAGUCCGCGAUAAGGCAAGCCUUGGGACACCUUCCUCCAACUCCAGCAUCUGUUUCAACUCAUGUCACUGCUGAGCCGCGUUUUUCAUUACCAACAAAUACAAAGCUACUAGAAAAGGAUGCAAUGGAAUCACUGAUCAAAAGUGUUGAUCCUCUAGAAGCGGUAGAAGAUGAUGUCGCUGAUGCACUUGUACAGCUGGUUGAAGAAUUUGUUGAUGAUUUGAUAGAACAAACGGCACGGGUUGCUAAACACAGAAAUGCUCAAAAUCUUGAAACAAAAGAUGUGCAGUUCGUAUUAGAAAGGCGGUACAAAAUAUUCUUGCCUCCAGGUUCCGUCGGUAUUACUCAGUCAGCUGAUUUCAAUCCAUACGUCAAAUCGCCAGCUACUGAAGCACAUCGGCAACGUAUUUCGCUCAUUAAAAAGGGUAUUCAAAAACCUUGA